ACUCCCUGCCACUAGUCCAAUUGGCGGCACCAAUAGCACACCGUGCUCAAGACCACCCUACUCCACAGCACCAGACACCACACGGUUCACAAAGACAUCCACACAGUUCACACGGCUUGCUCAUGCCACUCCCUCAACAAACCAACUUCUUCACAUGGUCUGCAGCAGUGUGCUGCGCCAUUUUUUGGAUCCUCAUAAUCUUAGCAGGUCUCAUUGUCCUCAUUGUCUAUAUAGUCUUUCGCCCUCGGACCCCAAAGUUCGACAUUUCCACAGCCACACUAAACGCAGCCUAUCUCGACAUGGGGUAUCUCCUCAAUGCCGACCUUACUGUGCUAGUUAACUUCAUCAAUCCUAACAAGAAAGUGAGCGUCUACUUUAGUCCCAUGUACAUUGAUGCUUACUAUGGUAGCACCCUCAUUGCUACCACCUACAUUGAACCUUUCACAGCACGCAAGCAUCACUCCAUGUUUGCAAGUGUGCAUAUGGUGGCGAGUCAGGUUCGUCUUGGACUGCUCGAAAGCCAAAAGCUGAAGAAGCAGCUGGAGAGCAGCAGAGCCAGCUUUGAAAUCAAAGGCUACUUCAGAGCUCGAGCCAAUUUCGGAAGCCUGCUGAGAUACUCUUAUAAAUUACAUGGUGACUGCACCGUUGUGUUCUCCAGACCUCCUGAUGGGAUUAUCGUUGGUAGAAAAUGCAAGACGAGACAUUGAUAAUGAAUGUCUGCAGA